AUGGUCAAUGGAAGUCAUUUUUUGGGUGGUACCAUUACUUGGCAAUUGCAGAAUAAAUCGGCUAUUGGUACACCUGUGGCUAUUGUCAUAACUCAAACAUAUUCAUGGACAUAUACAUCUGUCAUAUGCACAAGCGCUAUGAUUGCAAAUAAUCAACUACUUCCCACUUCAGCAGGAAAUCUUAUUUGCUUGCCGUCUUGUCCAGUUGGUUUUGGAACUGUGCCAGCUACACCAUAUUGUACCGAUAUUUCGGUGAUAAAUGGUAUCACCGUUGGACAACGUUUAGAUACAGUUUAUAUUCCAACGGGUAGCAGCUUUUCAGUAGCUUUUCGAGGUAGUUCAUGGGGUUCUUUAGCAACAGGCGGAAGUACUUGGUCUAUUUCAUCGUACAUCAAUUUAGUACCAAGAACUGAUAGUGGCAAAUAUAACAGUGCACCAGUUUCUACCAUGAUGUCCCCAAUCAAUAUUAUAGUAAACGAAAGAACAAUUGUUACUGUAUCAGUAAGUGAUGCUGAUGGAGAUGUUCUGCGCUGUCGUUGGGCAACAUCAUCGAAUGGUGUUGAUGAAUGUGCAAGCGUUUGUCCACCAAGUUCAUUGCCUUCAAAUACAACCAUCUAUUCAAACUGUACUAUUGUAAUUACUGGUACCGCAGUAGAAGAUUUCAUGAAUUCGUCCAGCACCACACCAUUGAGUUCAGUACCCGUUCAAUUUAUUGUAAAAGUCAUUGCUGCGCCAUCAUGUUCCCAUCGACCUGAGCUAAUCGUUCUUACAGAAUCAUGCACAGCAAUCAAAGUCAAUCAUACAUUUACAUCAACACUAUUGGCGAUUAAUAAUUGUGGACCAACUGUCACUAUUACCGAUAUUUCUACACUGUCUUUUUCUGGUAUGGUUCAAACUUCUGUCAUAAUGUUGAAUUCUAGCGUUUACUAUAAAAAUUUAACAUGGACACCAACAAUAAAGCAAGUUGGAUAUCAAGUAAUGUGUGCAAUGGCUCUCAAUAGUCAAAGUUCACAGUCUUCACAAUACUGCUUCACAUUCUAUGUCACAGAAAAUGGUGACAAUACAUGUCCUGGAGUUAUAUACAAUACAACAACAACAACAUCAACAACAACAACAACAUCAACAACAACAACAUCAACAACAACAGAAACAACAACAACAACCACAUCAACAACAACAGAAACAACAACAACAACCACAUCAACAACAACAGAAACAACAACAACAACCACACCAACAACGACAAUGUCGGAAAGAUUAAUAACGGGUUUGUAG